GGAAAAAGAAUUUUUUUUUAAAAAAAGGAGGAAAAUGACAGCCGAUUUUGAUACACCGUGCUCCACCAGCUCCUCCGACAGCGUCGUCAACAACAACCUCAAUGAAAAGCGGGUCAAUAAGAAGCUGAAACGAGCGAGAGACGACAGCUGCGGCGACGAGGCGGUGUACAGAGGGGUGAGAAUGCAGACGUGGGGGAAAUGGGUAUCCGAGAUUCGGGAGCCACGGAAGAAGAGCCGGAUCUGGCUCGGGACCUUCGCCACCGCCGAGAUGGCGGCGCGUGCACAUGACGUUGCCGCCCUCAGCAUCAAGGGCCCCGCCGCCGCCAUCCUCAACUUCCCCGACCUCGCCGGCUCUCUCCCUCGCCCCGCUUCCACCUCCCCCCGCGACGUCCGGGCCGUCGCCAUCAAGGCCUCCACCAUUACCUGCGCCGCCCCGUCGUCGUCUUCGGCGGAAGUCUCAUCCACGACGGAGGAGUUGUGCGAGAUAGUGGAGCUGUCGAGGCUGGGAUCGGAAAUAGGGUGUUUUAACGAAUCGGCGGCGGCGGUGGAUGAAUUUGUGUGGCACGGCGACUCAUGGCUGUAUGAUCAGACGUGGCGCGUGGAUUACUGCGGCGACAGAGUUGGAGGGUAUUGUAGCGGCGAAUACUACCGGAGACAGGCGGCGGCGGUUUUGGAGCCUCGUUGUGGCAGCAUUAUUAGUGUUACUUAAUUAGUAACAGAGGUGGGGACUACACGACUGACUGUAUGGAGGCAGGCAGGCAAACAUCGAUGGUUUAGCAAAGCAGCAAUGACGUGGUGGCAGUACGUAGUAUAGUCGACGCCAAAUCGUGUGAGUUAGUAUAGUAUAGAUCUAUCUUUACAAAAUGGAUUGGGUUAUUGUUUUAGUAGCUAGAUGUGAGAUGUUCCUUUUCAAUAUAUGUAUAUAUAUGUGAUUAUAUAUAUCCUCCUCAAUCUUGAUCUAAUCAUGUUUUCCUACGUUUUCGAUCUUUUAGAAUUCUUAACUUUUGUUGAUGGCCCGGCCGGUGACCAGAGAAUGGCGAGCUGGUGGCGGCCCAGCAAUGUUUCGCUGUCCUCAGCCAAUGACUCUGUGUUUAUUCCAUUCCAUCGGUGACUCAGCGCUGUUAGAAACCGAACAGAAAAAUAGGGUUAUCGAUCUGGCUAAGUCGCGGACUAGGUCGCACUCUUUAAGACAUUCGCGGCACUGCCUUCGUUGCGCACAGCAGACUAUCAGCCGGUCGCCUCCAGGAUAAAACAGCCAAUCUAAU